GAUCAGUGGUGAAAUAGUUUCAGUUCUCAGGAAGUGAAACUCAGACAGUUGUUGUCACUGAGAGGAGAAAUGGCGCAGAAAGGAGUUCAGCUGGACCGGGAAACCUUCUCUUGUUCGAUCUGUCUGGAUCUACUGAAGGAUCCGGUGACUAUUCCCUGUGGACACAGCUACUGUAUGAACUGUAUUAAAACCCACUGGGAUAAAGAGGAGGAGAAGAAAAUCUACAGCUGCCCUCAGUGUAGGCAGACCUUCCCAGUGAGGCCUGUCCUGUUGAAAAACACCAUGUUAGCAGUUUUAGUGGAGGAGCUGAAGAAGACUGGACUCCAAGCUGCUCCUGCUGAUCACUGCUAUGCUGGACCUGAAGAUGUGGCCUGUGAUGUCUGCACUGAGAGAAAACUGAAAGCCUGUAAGUCCUGUCUGCAAUGUCUGGCUUCUUACUGUGAGAAACACCUGCAGCCUCAUUACAAAUCAACAACAUUUAAAAAACACAAGCUGGUGGAGCCCUCCAAGAAGCUCCAGGAGAACGUCUGCUCUCGUCAUGAUGAGGUGAUGAAGAUGUUCUGUCGUACUGAUCAGCAGUCUAUCUGUUAUCUCUGCUCUGUGGAUGAACAUAAAGGCCACGACACAGUCUCAGCUGCAGCAGAGAGGACCGAGAAGCAGAGAGAGCUGGAGGUGAGUCGACAAAACAUCCAGCAGAGAAUCCAGGACAGAGAGAAAGAUGUGAAGCUGCUUCAACAGGAGGUGGAGGAUAUCAAUGGCUCCGCUGAUAAAGCAGUGGAGGGCAGUGAGAAGAUCUUCACAGAGAUGAUCCGUCUCAUGGAGAAAAGACGCUCUGAUGUGAAGCAGCAGGUCAGAUCCCAGCAGCAAACUGAAGUGAGUCGAGUCAGAGAGCUUCAGGAGAAGCUGGAGCAGGAGAUCACUGAGCUGAAGAGGAGAGACGCUGAACUGGAGAAGCUUUCACACACACAGGACCACAACCAGUUUCUACAUGACUACCCCUCACUGUCACCACUCUGUGAAUCUACACACUCAUCCAGCAUCAAUAUCCGUCCUCUGAGGUUCUUUGAGGAUGUGACAGCAGCUGUGUCAGAAUUCAGAGAUAAACUAGAGGACGUCCUGAGAGAGAAAUGGACAAACAUCUCACAGAGAGUGACUGAAGUGGAUGUUUUACUGUCACAACCAGAGAACAUGACCAGAGCUGACUUCUUACAAUAUUCAUGUGACAUCACACUGGAUCCAAACACAGCACACACAGAGCUGUUAUUAUCUGAUGCAAACAGAAAAGUAACAAACACGGGUCAACAACAGUCUUAUUCUAGUCACCCAGACAGAUUCAUUGUAUUGUAUCAGGUCCUGAGUCCAGAGAGUCUGACUGGACGUUGUUACUGGGAACUGAAGAGGGGAGGAGGAGUUCGUGUAGCAGUCGCAUACAAGAAUAUCAGCAGAACAGGAGGCGGGAGUGAAAGUGAAUUUGGAUUCAAUGACAAAUCUUGGGCGUUAUAUUGUUCCAACAACAGUUAUAACUUUUGGUACAACAAUGUCCACACUCCUGUCUCAGGUCCUCAGUCCUCCAGAGUAGGAGUGUACCUGGAUCACAGAGCAGGUAUUCUGUCCUUCUACAGCAUCUCUGAAACCAUGACUCUCCUCCACAGAGUCCAGACCACAUUCACUCAGCCUCUAUAUGCUGGACUUUGGAUUAAUUCUGGAUCUAGUGCUGAGUUGUGUAAACUGAACUAGACAGAAGUCAUUUAAAGGAACAGUAGGUUAAACUUUAAUCCUUCAACUUGAUCAUUAUUCAUGUUUGUUGUUGAGAGCUGAUUGUGGUUACAUUGUUCACCUGUCAAUCAAACUUUAUGGGCGGUACUUUGACAUCUUCUCACUUGUUCUGUAAAUGUUUGAGUCUCUUUAAAUAACUCUCUUUAGCUGUUUCUGUUUAGUCACAGAGGCUUUACUGCUCAUGAGGAUUUUUGUUCAGCUGAACUGACGUUUUCUCUGCAUGAACAUUUCAACUUUUCUUCACUUUAAAUGUGUUUACAAUGAGUACUGAUUGUUUUUGUUCUAAUUAAAGGGUCUUAAGAGAGAAAGCACCAGGCCUUUUCUUUCAUGUACAUGUUAUGUUUUCACCACUUUGUACAUUUUAUUUAGAAACAUCUCAAAUUAAAUGUAUAGAAUGAUUUCUUUUUGCAGAAUGAAUUUUGUUGUUUAAACUUAAAUUGAUUAAAAAUGUACUCUGACGUAUGAAAUCAAUGAGAUUGUUAUUCUUUUCUUUUUCAUAGCUGAGAUUCUGAUCAAGCAGUCUUAAAUCAAAAGUUAAUGGAUGAAUUGAUUGAACAGAGUUUACUGAUCUGAUGUUUGAACAAACUGGUGUUUUACAUCCUGAAGAAACAAACAGGAACAAAG